GAGAGCUGCGGCGGAUGCACUGAGCAUGCGCGAUGAGCGUGGAUUAACUCUCCAGCACACAACUGUUGCUCUAAUCCGUCCUGAGAGGAUAGGCUUAGCAAAACUACGAGUCUGCCAAGACGCUGCCAUGUCGGUAGUGCUUUUUGGACCUUUUCAUACCUUAAAACAUUACACAGCAGUCUGAAACAGCCGAGCCGGUGAGGGGAACGGGGAGAGGCCCUGCUGACGUCCGGCUGAGAUCUGGCUAAUUAAGGAUGCGGUUCGUGCUCAUCACCGGUGUCCCCGUCUGACGACGGAGCGCUCCUGCCGUCUUCAGCGCUCUGUAUUAACUCAAAGCCCACCUAUUUGAACGCCAGUAGGCCCACCGACCCAGUGCGGCAGGAUGAAAGACCGCCUGGCCCAGCUGAAAGAGAAGACCGAUACGGGGCCCGAGGAUGUGGAGAUCCAGGUGGAAAACAAAGAAUUUAUGGAUGAGUUCUUCUCUCAGAUCGAAGAGAUACGCACCAGUAUUGAUAAGAUUGAUGAGAAUGUGACUGAGAUAAAGCACCUGUAUUCCGUCAUCCUCUCUGCACCGACAUCAGAUCAGAAGACACAAGAUGACAUGGAAACCAUCACCAAUGAGAUCAAAAAACUAGCCAACAAUGCUCGCAACAAGCUCAAAAGCAUUGAACGAAGUUUGGAGUCCAAUGCAGAAGACAGAGUUUCAGCCGACAUGAGAAUAAAGAAGUCUCAGCAUGCUAUCCUGGCGAGAAAGUUUGUGGAAGUCAUGACCAAGUACAAUGAAGCUCAAGUGGAGUUCAGAGAGAAGAGCAAGGGACGCAUUCAGAGACAGCUAGAGAUCACCGGUAAAACCACUACUGAUGAGGAGCUGGAGGAGAUGCUGGAUGGUGGAAAUGCAGCCGUCUUCACAGCAGGGAUCAUGGACUCGGGCAUCUCCAAGCAGGCCUUGAAUGAAAUUGAAGCGAGACACAAAGAUAUCAUGCGGCUGGAGAGCAGCAUUAAGGAGCUGCAUGACAUGUUUGUGGACAUUGCCAUGCUGGUGGAGAAUCAGGGAAGCAUGAUUGACAGGAUUGAGAGCAACAUGGACCAGUCAGUGGGCUUUGUGGAGCGGGCAGUGGCAGACACCAAAAAGGCAGCCAAGUUCCAGCAGGAAGCACGCAGGGUGAAGAAGUCACUACCCCAAAAAUCCAACUCUGUCUGGAGUCAUCAAUCAAGAGAUGGUGCCGCGGGCUCACGGGCUCACGGGCUCCCUGUCCCUUUUUUUUUUUUUUUUUUUUUUUUUUUUUUUUUUUUUAAAUCUCAAUUUUCUUCAAACUGCUUUUUUUUCUUGUUUGCAUUUUUUGUUAUCCUAAACUUCUGAUUGACUUUUUCCUGACUCAGUUUGUCGUGUACAGUGCACCUGCUCUUCUGUGAACAUUUUAGUUUGUCAUCAUUAUGAUAGCCUAGAAUAAUCACCAUGCAUAAUUUUGACUGAUUUGUUAAGAUGUUAACACAAGUUGUAAGCUCAGGGAGUUAAAUGUAGAUCCACAGUUUUGUUUGUAUCUUAAGCACCGUCACUAAUUACCAGUACGAGGCGCUGACGUCUCCUCUUUAGUGGCAACGUUAAGUGGAUUUAAUCCGAAAUUAACGCACUGUUCCAAAACAUCCACUCCUGUGGGCCACAGUUUUCUAAUGCAGUCACUUCUUUCACUCAUACCAAAAACUAUUAAACUGAACUGAAAGAAUGACGAAGGCUGAAAUGGAAGACUGGUAUUGUUACAUGCAGAAAUGGCUCAUGUUUGUUUGGAGUUCGUCUUACAUAGCAAGCUUGUCUUUUUUUUUCUUUUUUUUUUAUUCAUUCUAGUCAAUUUAUAUCGAGAUGAAGGGGCCUGUAGUUAAUUUCCGUGCACUAAAGUUUUAGAUAAAGCUCAUGUGAGUCUGUAGAUGUUGUAGAACUGCUUACUUGUUAGCUUUUAAUUCAAAGUCACUGUAUAAUUAAAAGGAUACAUGAAACUGUC